CUUGAGUGGCCCAUUUGCACUCAUGCUUGCAGCCGAGGAGGGAUGUAAGGAACGGGCCAUCCACCGCCCUCACAUUGCACGGAGUAGCGGCGUGAUUCAGGUCGCUAUCUGAGUGCCAAUAAGAAAAGAAACUACUUUCGAGAUGUGAAUUAUCGAGAUUUGCUACUCAUUCCACCGGCUCGCCUGUCCUAUGCUAUCGACAACGGGAUUUCAAGAGGAAAAUGAUUGUGGCAUAAACUAUUUCUGGAGACGCUUGGCACAGAUAUCGCCGCUGAACUGGACAGGGUGGAUGGUUAUUUCCCAAACAGUUCAAGCUUAUGUAUACUGCAUUCGUUUGUUGGAAUCGCUGCCUAAUAUCUUCGAGAACAGCGCAAGAGGAAUGCUGGUCCAAGAUCUAAUGCCAUUUACUUUAAGUUUUUGGCCUUUUUUCUUCGGUCAUUGCCUUCUCUCACUGUUUUUACUCUCAUGCCAGGGAGAACUCCAGAGGUCAUGCUCACAGACUGUGGCGGAGAAAGUUAGUGAACAGUGCCAGUUGGCAUGCCACUGUAAAAGAUACCCUCCCCUUCCUCCUCCACCGCCUCCACCGCCUCCCCCGCGGCUACUGGGCACCACAGUGGCAGAGCCCAUGGUGCCCUCGUUGAGGCCAUGGUGGAUGGAGAUGGACAUCGUAGUGCUUGGAACGGUGGGCUGUGCCUCAGUUGUCUUCCUGCUCUCAGCCAUCAUCAUCUGCUACAAGGCCAUUAAGAGGAAACCACUACGAAAAGAAGAGAAUGGGACAAGUCGUGGGGAAUAUGCCAUGAGCAUCCGUAACAAGAAGGCCAUGGAGGGGCUUAGCCCAUCGCUAUAG